CCUCUACAGUGCUGCACUAUCUCGAGAGCCGGGAUUGACACCACACACGAGGGUUUUUUUCUGUCGUUGCAAACCAGAUCUUUGAAAAUGUCUGAGAACGUCGCUCGUCUGAACAAGUUCAAGAACAAAGGCAAAGAUGCCAACGAGCUUCGCCGCAGGAGGGUGGAGGUGAACGUGGAGCUCCGCAAAGCCAAGAAAGAUGACCAGAUCUUCAAACGCAGAAACGUGUCUGAGCUGCCCGACGAGGCCACGUCUCCCCUGCAGGAGAGGACGCAGAACUCCCAGAGUUUGAGGCAGUGGACGGUUGAGGAGGUUGUUUCGGGGGUGAACAGUGGUAAUCUUGACUCCCAGGUCGCUGCCACACAAGCUGCACGGAAACUGUUGUCCCGUGAAAAACAUCCUCCCAUUGACCAGAUGAUCAGCGCUGGCCUCAUCCCCAAGUUCGUGGCCUUCCUGGGGCUGCCGGACUGCCCCCCCAUCCAGUUCGAGGCCUCCUGGGCUCUGACCAACAUCGCCUCUGGAACAUCGGAGCAGACGGCCGCUGUCGUGGAGGGCGGGGCCAUUCCUGCCUUCAUCAGCCUGAUCACAUCCCCCCACCAGCACAUCAGCGAGCAGGCCGUCUGGGCACUUGGAAACAUUGCUGGUGAUGGAUCAGGUCUUAGAGACAAGGUCAUCAAGUACGGAGCUAUAGCCCCUCUGCUCAGUCUGCUGGCUGUACCUGACCUCAACGCUUUCACUCCGGGCUACCUGAGAAAUGUGACAUGGACGCUGUCAAACCUGUGCCGUAACAAGAACCCCUCCCCGCCCAUGAGUGCCAUCCAGGAGCUCCUACCUGCCCUCAUCCGCCUGCUGCACCACAACGACCUGGAGGUGCUGGCCGACGCCUGCUGGGCUGUUUCCUACCUGACAGACGGCAGCAACGACCGCAUCGAUGUGGUGGUCCAUACCGGUUUAAUUCCCCGCCUGGUGGCCCUGCUCGGCUUUAACGAGCUGCCUGUAGUUACUCCAGCGCUGCGUGCCAUUGGCAACAUUGUGACUGGUACCGACGAGCAGACGCAGGCUGUCCUGGACUCCGGGGCCCUGGCCAUGUUCCCUACGCUGCUGCGCCACAAAAAAGCCAACAUUCAGAAGGAGGCAGCCUGGACCCUGUCCAACGUCACGGCGGGGAAGGACUCUCAGAUCCAGGCGGUCAUCGACGCAGGCCUCGUCCCGUUCAUGGUGGAUUUGCUCUUGCGAGGUGACUACAAAACCCAGAAAGAGGCUGUUUGGGCGGUAACAAACUUCACCAGUGGGGGCACUGUGCAGCAGGUGAUUUACCUCGUGCAGGCCAAUGUGCUUGAACCUCUUCUGGGUUUGCUCUCCUCCAAGGACAGCAAAACUGUCCUGGUCAUCUUGGACGCAGUCACCAAUAUCUUCAUGGCUGGUGAUAAAAUCGGGGAGUCAGACAAGCUGUCCCUGAUGAUUGAGGAGUGCGGCGGCCUGGACAAGAUCGAGUCACUUCAGUCUCAUGAGAACGAGAUGGUCUACAAAGCUUCCCUCAACCUGAUUGAGAAGUACUUCUCCGAGGAGGAGGAGGUGGUGCAGAGUGUUGCCCCUGAAACGACUGAGAACGGUUACGCGUUCCAGAUCAAUGAAGCCGAGAGCAAUUUCAAUUUCUAGAAGACUUUCUAAUCCCUUUGUACUUUACUGUACCUUCUUGACUUCUGUGUUUGUCCCUUAUUCAUGUGCUGUCGCUGUCUUUUGUAUGUAUUGUACAUACGAGUUUUGUAAAUAAAGUUUACUAUUAA